CAAAGAUCGGUGAAAAAUAAAUUAAAGUAACUAAACUGUCUUAACUAAUUUACAGUCGUUUGCUGAAAUUAUUAUACUAAAAAAUCCAUCUUCAAUAGUGUGUGUGUCGAAUUCGCUUCGUUAUGAUCGUUAAUAUGCCCGCAACUCCAAGCGGUCACUCGCCAAAUCCUUUGCCGGCAACUUCCGCGACCACAAACUGCCACGACGGCAGCUCACCGACGCAUUGUGAAUACAAUUUUCUAAAACGAAAAUUUGACGGCGAGUGUGACUUAAGUGACUGCAACGCCAACGUCGGUGUCUCGGAAAGCAGCAACGCCGAGUAUCAAAACUCCACGGCCUGCACAACGCCGGCCUGGAAGAAGCGUCACCUGCAAGAAACCACCAGUGAUACAACCGAUCCAAAUGUCUGUUACAAUAACAACGCCACCAACAACUACAAUAUCUACAGCCAGCACACACACAACGAAACACAACUGCUAAUAGGUGCCAUACAAACCGAUGAAAAUGUACAGAAUGAGAUAUGUGUCAGCACAAGUGCCAGCAAUGCCACCAACAAUAACUGUACUACAAUUAACAACAACAAUAAUAAUGAUAAAACUAAUAACAAUAAUAAUAACAACAACAGCAAUAUGACAUUUAACCUGAUAAGCGGCAGCAGUUCCUUCAUCAACGAUCUCUUCGCCUACGAUGCCAAUCUGAUUGUGCCAGUUACCGCUAGUCUGGUGAGUCAGCCCACCAACGACAGCGCUGACUCCACAUUGCCGACCUUUGUAACACCAUCCAAUGUCUGUGUAAAUACCAACUAUGAUGACGGCAGCAAUUGGCAAGCCACCGAUCUGCUAGAGCUCGAUCAUCGUUAUAAUUCUGGUUUGCAAACCGAAAUCGCACACCUACAUCCGACAGUCGCCUUGAAAGCGGCCGAGGAGAACACACUCAGCGUUGUACAGCAAAGUCAAAAGCACCCCCAUCCGCUACAGCAACAACAGCAAAUGGAGGCAUCCAAUCAAACACAGUUUCUAAUUCCUGAGAAACAAGUGUCAAGUCCAAACGGCAAUACGGGUCUUAGCAGAUAUCGUCCGUUAUCUACCGGCAGCCAACUCUUACAAAUGCAACCUUGUCAACAAUCUACACUUGCACAAUCAAAUACACUAACAGAUACAGAGGCUGACUUUGAGGACCGAAAUCUCUCGUGGUUAUUAAAUUUUAAAUUCGACGAAUUUCCUCAUCUUUCCCCAGAUUUGGGUGGCAAUAGCAAUAAUAAUUCGCACACGAACACUUUAAAUAAUGGUUUACAUCACCGGAAUUCCUGUUCGCCUACAUCCUCGCACAAAUCGAAUUCCUGCUCUCCACAAUCCUCAACUCCACACUCAGGUAUUCAACAAAAUGUUAGCGACUACAUGCGUUCACCGAAGGGCACUACGAAGGCGGGAAAAAAAUUCGAGGAGCUUGUUAUGGAAGUCACCGCCGAGGUGGAUGGCAAUGAUAUGAUGGUCGCUGAGAAUGUUAUAAUUGAGAACUCGCCACAGAGAACGCCAAAGAAACCACCAUUCACGUAUACGGAGCUCAUUGAAUACGCCCUCGAGGAUAAGGGUGAACUAACGGUUUCUGGAAUAUAUCAAUGGAUAUCUGAUCGGUUCCCAUACUAUAAAUCGAACGAUGAUCGUUGGAAGAACUCAGUACGACAUAACCUCUCCAUUAAUCCACAUUUCCGCAAAGGGCUCAAGGCGCCGCAGGGAGCCGGACACUUAUGGACAAUAUCAAGUGGAGACUCAGCAGAGAAUGUGCUGGCAUGGGAACACAAGAAGCAACGUCUGGAUCUGUUCUUCAAAAUGGAGUCGAUGAAUCGUGAACGCCUGCAGCAGCACCAACAACAAAUGCAGCAGCGUCAGAGCUGCACUUCGCCGCAUCCAGAUUGCCAACAACACCAACAAGGAAAGCAGCAGCAACAACAACAGGCAUGCGUCUACGAUGAGGCAGCUACCGCCGCGGCCACAAUAGCACGAGAAAUGCUGAGCAACAGCUGCGACGAAGGCUGUGCGCGUAAUUCCAAUAACUCCAGCGACAGCAACAAUCAGAGGCUGGAGAGCAACCACUUGGUGCACGAGUUGCCAUUUAACGACCUGAUGAGCGAUGAGGAGCUGCGCAAGACAGCCGGUCAAAUUUUAAAUGGUAUUCACCGCGAAGUGGAGGUACAAUCGGUGAACUCUAUCAUCAGUACCUACCACGAUGUGUUGCUGGAUAAUGAAGAUUACCUUAAUCCCAUACACAAGGAUGUUGCCGUGCACGAAAGUGGCCUGCGCAGCACGAACGCCACACACCUGGCAUCCAGCUCGUACAUACAUUCGCACAACACAACGAACUCCCAGUAUUAUGUCACCGAAAUCGAUCCACUGGAAUUGGGCAUACAAAUGUCACACCAAGUGGGUGCCGAAGAGGUUCUCUUCAACGAUGAGUUCAAUUUGAAUUACUUUGGCUAUAAUGGCGCCAACGAUAUUGCUGCCUGACCGCCAGCGACAACCAGACCUGAUGGAGCUUCAAGUUGUGCAGUGCCGCUCAUCAGUGUGACCGCGGUGGCCGGACAUGUUAGUACGAUUGCGGCUUUAGAAGCAGGCACACCCACACAACUGUUGGGUGCGAGGCCGAUUGAACGAGCUUACGGUCAACAAAAGCAAUAAUCGGUGUAGCCGUGUAUUAGUAAGAUUAAUAGCACAUAGUAUUAUAUAUAUACUAUGUAUGUGUAUGUCAAAGAGGUCUAACAAUCAUUUCUAGUCAUUAAAUGUGGGCGAUAUUAAUCUGUUGGAUAGAUACUAAGCUCACAAUUUACCAAAGAUAUACAUAUCUAGCAGUUUAUUAGAACAUUAUCACGUAUAUGUAUUAGGCGAAAUCGGUUAGUAGUUAAGUAUAUAUUUAUUUGUAUUAGGGUUCUUUUGUGUGUAUGUUUGUAAACAAACUCGAAGUGACCAGACCGUAGUUAAUGUUGGCUGCGGCCUAGUUCAUUCGUCUUCAAAAAUAUGUAGACGAGCCUUCUCGAUUGUAAUCCAGCAAUGUCAGGUUUCGCAAUUAUAAUACUCGAAAGUUUUUCGAACUAAAUUAAAAAUUUGGUACUUCCGAAGUAUUAAACCCGAAAAUGAUAUUGUCAGAGAGUACACAUACAGGGUUUGUCCGGAGAGUAAUAGGACUGAGUCGAUAAAAAAAACCAAUCGUUACAAUUCUUUAAAAACUUUCAAAAUAUGGUAGGCUCCUUCUGCGUCGAUGCAGCUCUGCGCGAUUUCGAAGCAUUAAAAGCGUCACGGAAGGCAUUCUCCGGAAUAGCCUUGAGAGCCGAGGUGCGUACUGCUUGGAUCCCCUUUCAUUGAUCUUUUCAGGCAAAGAAAAAAAAGUCGGACCGGCGUUACCGUGGUGUAACUUCCAAUCGCCUGCGAUGUCGUGUCGGAUCCGAUUGACUCUUCGUUUGAGUCUCUUGAGGACUUCCACGUAAAACUUGGCGUUGACAGUUUGUCCAGGAGAAACAAAUUCAUGAUGGACGAUGCCUUUGAUGUCAAAAAAGACAGUGAGCAUCUUUUUCACUUUGGAUUUGCUGAUUCAUCACGACCUCUUUCCGGCCCUCCAAAAAGGCUUGGUGCCACCGAAACACACCACUUCUUGCUAAAGCAACAUCCGGGUAAGCCUCCUUGAUCAUAUCAAAUUUAAUCACGUACCUCUGCUCUAACGAACGCUGCAUUGUCGGCUUGCACCACUCACAGAAACACGUCGGGCGAAAAUGUUUUGCCUGACUCUCCAGGUGCUCGGAGACAACUUGCCAGCCGCUCGUUUGUUAGCUAGGAACGUCCUCUACCGAAUACAGUCGGUGCGCGCACGUUCCGAAAUACAUUCGCGGCGGAAGAAAAUCAGUUCUAUUACUUUCCGGACAAACCCUGUAGUUGGGAAGCUUAAAAACAAUGUAGCGAUCUAAGGAUAUUGCAUCCCUCUGAAAAACAUCGGAUCAAUUCGGUUUUCACUGUAUUUACUAAAGUUAUAAGGGUUUAGUAACGAUCGCCGGAAGAAAGCGCGAUCGAGACGAUUUGAGGUAAGCCUGGUCAAAUAGAGCACAUAAAUGCUUUAAAUUUACAUUACUACUUAUAGAUUGUAUGUAUAAAUAUAAUUAAGAUCUGCAAACCUGAUAGCUAAAGUCAUACUCUCUUUUCUAAUACAUACAAACUUAAGUCCGUAGUCAAGAAAUACUGAACACUAAAUUUAAAUAAACGAUCAAGUUAAAAAUACAUAUUGUAUUGAGAGUCGGUCAUUCCCGAUAAUAAAAUCAGGGAAAUCGAUGCUAGAUAAAAGUUUGAGGAAAA